UUGUCACUUGUUCGGUGUUCCAUUUUCAAUAAUUUUAGUUUCACUUUGUCGGCAUUGAGAGUGGGUCUCUUUGUAACGUGCAGCUUCUCGCUUAUUUUAAGGUUAUUUACCGGUGCUUCUUAAUUUAAUUUGAAUUGAAAGUAUUCUUUUGAAGUGAUAUUAUUACAUAAAAGAUGGCAGAUCAGGGUUUUCUCAAACAAAAGCCCGGCUACGCUACCACAGCGAUCCACGUUGGCCAAGAUCCUGAAAAAUGGAACUCAGCAGCUGUUGUUCCUCCGAUUGUCACCUCAACAACUUUCAAACAGCCCGCACCUGCAGAACACACAGGUUUUGAAUAUGGCAGAUCUGGUAACCCAACAAGAAACACACUCGAGGAGUGCUUAGCGGCGCUCGAUGGUGGAAAAUAUGGACUUACGUUUGCCUCUGGUCUCGGGGCCACUACGAGCAUAGUUUCCUUGCUGAGCAAGGGAGAUCACAUUAUAUCCUCAGACGAUGUGUACGGUGGCACAAACAGAUUGUUCAGACAAGUUGUUGAAAGAUUCGGAAUAGAAACAUCGUUUCUCGAUUUUACCACACCAGAAGCGAUCGAUAAGUCAAUUCGAAAAAACACAAAGAUGAUAUGGAUAGAGACACCGACAAAUCCAAACCUGAAAGUGGCAGAUAUUGCUCUAAUCUCAAAAAUAGUCAAAAGUCACAACAAAGAUAUAAUCGUAGUGGUAGACAACACGUUCCUAACUUCGUACCUGCAACGACCCCUGGAUCAUGGCGCUGACAUGGUCAUGUAUUCCUUAACUAAAUACAUGAAUGGACAUUCCGAUGUAAUAAUGGGAGCUGCUAUUCUGAAUGAUAGUGAAAUUGAGAAGAAACUUCGCUUUCUGCAAAACGCUAUGGGUAUCGUCCCGUCACCGAUGGACUGCUACUUAGUGAACAGAAGUCUGAAGACGUUGGCCCUAAGAAUGGAGCAGCACAAGAAAUCCUCCUUGAUUGUAGCGGAGUGGUUAUUGAAACAGCCCAUGGUCGUCGAAGUGUACCAUCCAGGUCUACCGUCACACCCACAGUACGACAUUGCGCGGAAGCAGAUGACAGGUCAUUCGGGCGUUUUCAGCUUCAGACAUUCCGGAGGGCUCAAAGAAUCUAAAAAAUUCCUUAGCUCCCUCAAAGUAUUCACGCUGGCCGAGAGCUUGGGAGGGUACGAGAGCUUAGCGGAGUUGCCAUCACUAAUGACGCAUGCGUCGGUUCCCGCGGCGCAGAGGGUGGAGUUGGGCAUAACAGACUCUUUGCUCAGACUAUCGGUCGGGCUUGAAGACACUGAAGAUCUGAUCACCGAUCUGGACCAAGCACUAAAUGAAGCCUUUUAA